AUGUCAAACUGUGGUGUAGAGGUGGUGUUUCACCAUGGGGGAAAGUUUUGGAAUGAUGGGUCAUUCAAAUACCAUGGAGGGGAAGAUGUAGUUGUUGGUGAACAAAUUGUCGAGGAGGAUGGUGGAGAAGAUGGUAAAGCUGAUGAUGGUGAAGAAGUUGAAGUUGGUGGUGAAGAAGCUGAUGAUGAUAGUGAAGAUGUUGAAGAUGUAGUUGGUGGUGAUGAUGAUAGUGAAGAUGAUUUGGUGGAUGUUUUUGUGAAUGCAGAUGAAGAAGGAAGUGGAAGUAGGAAGUCAAAGUUGCAUGCCCAUGCUAGGGGAUUAUCAGAUAGUGAGUGGGAAUCUGAUGAAUGUGGUAGUAUUGAUGAAAGUGAUGAUGACUCAAGGUAUGAAACACCCCGAUAUGGAGGAGAUUUUGGGGUAUUCUCAGAGCCAAGUAAUAUGAAAAAAUAUAAGUGGGUGGUGGGGACAUACUUCCCUGAAAAAAUUGAUUUCAUUGAUGCAAUUAGGACAUAUGGAAUACAUAAUGGUAGAAAGUUGAAGAUUUCUAAAAAUGACAAGAGAAGAAUAUGUGUUAAAUGUUGUGGAUCACAAGGGAAGUGUCCUUGGUACGCAUAUUGUGCCUAUAGGAGUAUCCAAACUACAUGGCAACUAAGGAAGAUAAUUGAUAAACAUACAUGUAGUAGGGAAUUCAACAUUGGUCUAGUUACCAAGAAAUGGUUAAGUGGAAAAUUAGAGAAGACCAUGAAAGCAAAUCCAGAAAUCAAUCUGAGAAAUUUGCAUAGUAAGUUUUCAAAAAAAUGGAAUAUUGGUGUAUCUAGAUCUACAACAACCAAGGCAAAAGCCAUGGCUACUGCCAACAUGGAAGGUUGUUUCAAACUGCAGUAUGAAAGACUAUAUGAUUAUGCACAUGAAUUACUGAGAUCAAACCCUGGAUCAACAGUGAUAGUAAAAGUUGGACGAAAUGGGGAUAAUGUUAUAUUCAACAGAAUUUAUGUGUGUUUCAAAGCAUGUAAAGACAGCUUUGUCUGUUGUCGCCUUAUCAUACAUUUGGAUGGUUGUUUCUUAAAAAGCAAGUAUGGAGGUGAGCUUUUAACUGCUGUUGCAAGAGAUGGUAAUGAUCAGAUGUGUCCAUUGGCCUAUGUUGUUGUUGAAGUAGAAAAUAAGGAGACAUGGACUUGGUUUUUAGGAUUGUUAAUUGAUGAUCUUGGAGGAGAAGGAUUCUGUUCAAGGUGCACAUUUAUGUCAGAUCAACAGAAAGGACUUAUGCAAGCUUUCCAGCAAUUGCUUCCUGGUGUGGACCAACGUUUCUGUGUAAGGCACUUGUAUUCCAAUUUUCGAAAGAAAUUUCCUGGCAUAAUUCUGAGACAAUUAUUGUGGAAAGCAGCAGCAACUUCACACCCCCAAGCAUGGGAAACAGUCAUGAGACAAAUCAAGGAUGUCAAUGAAGACGCCUAUAAACACUUGAUGAGUAUUGCACCAAGGUUUUGGUCUAGGUCAAGGUUUUCAGGAAGACCUUCAUGUGACACAGUUGUGAAUAACAUCUCUGAAGCUUUUAACAACGUCAUUGUAGAUGCAAGGGGGAAACCUAUUAUAUCAAUGUUGGAAGACAUUUGCAGCUACCUAAUGAAGAGGUGGGCAUCCAACAGACAGAAGAUAACUAAGUAUGAAGGUUCUAUUUGCCCCAAAAUUCAAAAGAGACUUCAUAAGGAGCUACAGAAGACACAAUAUUGGAUACCUAAUUGGUCAGGGCUCCAAGUAUUUGAGAUCCAGCAUACCUCCAAUAUUUCAGAAAAGUAUGUGGUUGAUGUAGACAAAAGAGAUUGUAGCUGCAGGAAGUGGCUUCUCACAGGGAUACCUUGCUGCCAUGCACUCACANCUAUGAGGUUNUUAAACCUCACUCCANAAGACUUCAUACCAAAUUGGUUUAGGACCACCACUUAUGAAGAAACUUACAAUCCAAUAAUUUUCCCUGUCAAUGGACCUGACCUAUGGCAAAGAACAGCCUAUCCUGAUAUUUUGCCUCCUCCUAAUAGGGUCUUUCCAAGUAGACCAAGAAAAAAGAGAAGACUCGAGAGUUGGGAGCAAAUGAGGGAUGACACUCAACUUNGACAAGCUGGAAUCCCAAAGAGAUGUGGCAUUUGUAGGCAAUUAGGACAUAGAAGAACUAAUUGCCCUCAAGCAAGUCAACAUCAACACGAUCAACCUACACCAAACCCCACUCAAGGAAGUGAACAACAAGACCAACAACUUGCACAAGAUGCCACUCAAGGAACUCAACAAGAAGACCACCAACCUACACCACCUGCCACUCAAGGAAGUCAAAUUACUCAUGAUNACACUUCAAGACCAGUUUAG